CGUGAAGUUAACUCGACUGUAAUGAAGCGUGCAAUAUUUGUCGCAUUGUGUCUUUUGACAGCAGCGUUCCUCGGAAAGACAUCUGCUGCACCUGACGUCGCACGUCGUGCUGGAAAAGAAGACAAUGCUCAGCAAUUAGGAAGAGGGUCGAGAAAUGUAAAAAAGGCGACAGACAACAAUAAUAAAGCUAAAGAACUCUUGGACAUUUUACAAGGAACAGGAGGAAGGACUAACAAUUGUCGUGGAAAUCUUCAGUGGAGGAUUUUGCAAUGAUGAUCAGUUCCAGUGCUCCGACGGAAGUUGUAUUGGUGAAUACAACCGAUGUGAUUAUUGGAUGGACUGCUCAGAUGGAAGUGAUGAACUAGACUGCGACAGCAUUUGGUGUGACUAUGAUGAAUAUCAAUGUUGGGAUGGAACCUGUAUUUAUGGUUCCUGGGAAUGUGAUGGAAUUGUAGACUGUUGGUAUGGGGAAGACGAAUAUUACUGUGACUGGUGUGACUAUGAUGAAUAUGAAUGUUGGGAUGGACAUGUAUUCCGACUACUGGGUUUGUGAUGGUGGUUACGACUGUUGGUAUGGAGAAGAUGAAGAUUACUGUUAUUGGUGUGACUAUGAUGAAUAUCAAUGUUGGGAUGGUACAUGUAUUCCAGACUACUGGGUUUGUGAUGGUGGUUACGACUGUUGGUAUGGAGAAGAUGAAGAUUACUGUUAUUGGUGUGACUAUGAUGAAUAUCAAUGUUGGGAUGGAACCUGUAUUUAUGGUUCCUGGGAAUGUGAUGGAAUCGCAGACUGUUGGUAUGGAGAAGACGAACAUAACUGUGGUUGGUGUGACUAUGACGAAUAUCAAUGUUGGGAUGGAACCUGUAUUUAUGGUUCCUGGGAAUGUGAUGGAAUCGCAGACUGUUGGUAUGGAGAAGACGAAGAUAACUGUGGUUGGUGUGACUAUGACGAAUAUCAAUGUUGGGAUGGAACUUGUAUUUAUGGUUCCUGGGAAUGUGAUGGAAUCGCAGACUGUUGGUAUGGAGAAGACGAAGAUAACUGUGGUUGGUGUGACUAUGACGAAUAUGAAUGUUGGGAUGGAACAUGUAUUCCCGACUACUGGGUUUGUGAUGGUGGUUACGACUGUUGGUAUGGAGAAGAUGAAGAUUACUGUUAUUGGUGUGACUAUGAUGAAUAUGAAUGUUGGGAUGGUACAUGUAUUCCUGACUACUGGGUUUGUGAUGGUGGUUACGAUUGUUGGUAUGGAGAAGAUGAAGAUUACUGUUAUUGGUGUGACUAUGAUGAAUAUCAAUGUUGGGAUGGAACAUGUAUUCCCGACUACUGGGUUUGUGAUGGUGGUUACGAUUGUUGGUAUGGAGAAGAUGAAGAUUACUGUGAUUGGUGUGACUAUGAUGAAUAUCAAUGUUGGGAUGGAACCUGUAUUUCUGUUUGGAAUGUUUGUAAUGGCUAUGAUGACUGUUG